ACCCAACCACCACUCCCUCAUCCCCUCUCACACCGACUUCGCCCUGUCAAAAACACCCUCUCGCACACCCACCACAUCCUCAUCGCCCUUCACCCUUCACCGCACCACACCGCACCCCGCCUGCGCCCCAUCGCAUCCCAGCAAUUCCCCCUUUCACUCGCGCCACCGCCUCGCCUUCCACUGCUCUGACACCCGCGCCAGUGGCACCCACUGCGACAAUGAACUGGGCAGCGUGAGCCUGCCGCACACCCCUGCGUCGACAGUACGCCCUCUUGGACGUGGUGCAGGCCACACUCGUUCCUGCACCGCCGGCCCUGCCCUGCCCGCCGUCCACCCACAUCGCCCCUCCACGCCCUCUACACAACCCGCAAUGGCCGCCACAGAGACAAUCUCCGCCCAACGCCCCGACUCUCCCCUCUUCCACCAGCUCGGCUCGCGUCGCCUGACUUCUUCCUCCUCCUCCACCAUCCUUCGCGCCGCUCCCGUCGCACCCCGCUCGUCCAGCGCCCACUUCCUCCCCUCCACCUCCUCCGAACCCUGGGAAAGCAUCUCCACCUCUCCCCGCUCCUCCUCCCUCAACUCCUCUCCGCGGAGCUCCAACCUCGACCUCUCCAAGACCUCCUCCUUCACCUCCACUCCAACCUCCGCUGGCUUCUCCCUCGACAGCGAGAGUGAUGAAGACGAUAUUGAUCUGCCCAACUACGCCAACCUCUCCCUCUCCCCCCACCACCGCAGCUAUGCCAAACCCUCCGACGACGACCUCGACGUCCCCGAAAUCUCCACCACCACCGACACCACGCAAUCCGAUUCUCCCCUCCCCACUCCCGUCGUCGCCGAUGACACAAUGAUCAAGCAGCAGCCGUCGAGGCAUGUUGACUACCUCAGCCACGAGUGGCGGGAAGAAGACAUCUGGGCGUCGUGGAGACACAUUGUGUCGCAGAGGAGCGUCUACGGGCAGCGAUCGCGGUUGGAGAAUGCUUCGUGGAGGACAUGGGCCAAGUCCAAAUACCGCUUACGGACUGUCUCGCCCGAAAGAUUGAAUUGGCUCAAAGAAUCCGACGUCACCUGGCUGUAUGGCCCGCUGAAACCCGCGCAAUCCCACCCCAUCACCUCCACCGACUCGGGCCGCAUUUCCACCCCGCUGUCGAAGAACAGCUCCUUCAUCGCCAAGAAGCCCAUUCUCAAGAAGCGCAGCGUGUCCGAGGUGAUGCUACAGAAAUCCAUAUCCACGUCAUCCCUCGUGAAGCAAGCGGCUGCUUCGGUGCAAGCACAGGGCAAAAAAUCCCCACGCCGAGAUCUGGACCGCGUCAGUUCCGACCUUUUCUCCUCCUCCACCCUCCCCUCAAACCCACCGAGUCGUGAAGAGGUCGAUUACUUCACCAGUCGGACCACUACCUCGGAGACAUGCACACCUUCCGAAGGCCAAACACAGAAGCACCUCCGCUUCGAUGAAAAGGUGGAGCAAUGCAUCGCCGUCGAUUGCAAGGACAGCGGGCUCGACGACGAUGACGACAGCGGGUCCGACGUCGAAUAUGACGCGCACGAUAGUGCACUCAUGGAUUCCGACAGCGAUGAGGGCCUCUUCAUGUCCGACCGAAGUAAGCGGAAGAAGGAGGCCUCUCAGAAGGCCGGCAGGAUAAGUCGGAGCAACUCCAGCAGUGGCGGCCAGAUGAUCGAAACACUACCAGCUACCACUCUCAAGUCUCGCACCCCCAGUCCCGAUGUCGAUGCACAAGCCCAGGCCCAGGCACAGGCACAGCAACACCACGUCUUUGGCAAGAACUGGGGAACAUCGCAGCUCUCUCCUUCUCCUUCGCUCGAAACGCUGCGACCAAGCCGACCUUCACGCAACUUCCUUUUGGCGCAAGAGGAUGACGAAGACGUCGAAGCGGAAAUCUCCUCUACCUGGUCGUUUGGCAGAAGUAAUCCCGAGUCCUCACUCGGUGCCUCGGCUGGCUCGCAGCCGUCGAGCAGUAUGAUGUCGUCGGAAGACUUCAACCCCACGGAUGGGUAUGACGGGAUCGAGGGCAUGCGGCGGACGGAGAGUGGAAUGUUCAUGCCAUAUGACGAGGACGAGGACGAUAUCGUGGCCGACGGGCUGUUCGGCAGGGUCAGUGAGACGUUCAAUACGUUCCGCGACAUUGGUCACGUCAUCUGGAAUGUUGGCUGGCGCAAAUGAAGGCGCUGUGUGUACGAUCCACGAUCAAUAAGAGAGAGAGUUUCGGUCUGGAGCCAUCAUUGGACCUCCCGGGCGAUGGCUAUGACGACGCUCCCGACGAACGUGAGCGAUGGCGUUAAGAGAUGCUGCAUGGGCGGAGGCUUGGUGUUCGUUGCGUUCUAGCGAGCGAAAAUCGAAUGCUGGUUUGGCAUUCGCCAUAAUCUAUCAUGUUGUUGAUAUGGAAGGGAAUUGACGAGUCAGCUAUCCACUUCUUCGGCCAGAGACUGUCAUGUAUGUCGUCGAGGCGUCACCAACGAUGACACAGCACCUCUCACAUGCACUCAUCUGUUUCAGCCUCGUACUGAUGAUGCAUGCAUGCCCUUGCUUGCUUGUGAUCAUGUCGAGUCAGGGUAAGUUAUCCCCGCCCACGCUAGUCUUGAUUGGGCUCCGACGGCUUGCCCUGUACUCCUUCAC